CGCCAAUUCUGUGCUUUUCUUACUCCUAACCACGUGACGCCUACUCGCUGCGAGGCCCGGGCGGCGCGCGAUGGAAGCGGCUGCGGAAGCGGGGCUGCUGGUCUGCGAGCGGCUCCACGCGCGUCACGAUCCGCGCUGGCUCCUGCUGCUGCCCCCGCCGCUCUGCCUGGCCUGCGUCAUCGAGACGCUGGGGGACAGCAGCGCCUCGCUGGUGCGCAAGAAGCAUGUGCUGUCUUGCUUCCGUGAUGUCCUGGCCUGGCAUGCCGUGCCAGUCAUUCAGCUGCUGGCACAGGACGAAAGGGUGUGUGUUCAUUUCAUAGGAACCCUCUUUGGGAUGUUGCAUACAGCAGAAGACAGCAGUGCACUGGAUCUACCCACUGAAGUUCUGGUGCGACUUGUGGCGGAGCUGAAGUUGGAGCAGUAUGUACACUGUGUGUUGGAUGAAAGCGAGAAAGAGGUCAGUAAAGAUUAUUUCCUUGCUCCCUUUGGUCCCCCAAGUUUGAAAAUAUGGAAAGUUACAAAAUAUUCUGAAUGAGCUCUCGUGGAAUGUCCUAAAUGCUGCCACUGCCUUCAUGACUUUGGCAAGGUUGACAUCUGCCCUGGAAUUUUUACCAUCAUAUCCCCUCCACCAUGGCAACAUGGCAUCCUCUGUGUUUUCUCUUUUCCCUCCAUUACUGCAGCAAUAAUAUGGAUAGCUUUUCAGACCUGGAGCUGCUUGGCAGGCCUGCUCCCUUCGCUUGUGCUCUCUUCGUUGCCAGGUUCAUCACAAAAUGUCAGACUUCCCCAGAGCACAGAAGCUUGGGAGACAGCAGAGAUGGGGAGAGGGUUAGCCAGCUCCCCCAUCCACCUACACAUCAGCUUUGGGGGUGCAGCAGCAGGGCAGAAACCAGGAGGAGAUUACUGCCGGGAGAUUUGGUGGAUGUGUUUAGGGACAAUUAUCUGGACAAACAAAUAUGAACAGUUAAGGGGGUUCCACUGGCUUAGAAGGUCCCAUUUCGAGGGGUUCAUUGCACCAUGAGGGGA